AUCACUUCAUGGGAAAUAGAUGGGGCAACAGUGGACACAGUCUGGUGGGCUUCAGUCCAUAGGGUCACAGAGAGUCGGUCACGACUGAGUGACUAACAUUUCAUAGCAAACGGGUGUGAGUCAUUCCUUAGGGAGAGAUGGACUGAAAGUCCGGUUAGUUCAUCCCUCCCUCUGCCCCCAGGCCCCUGGGGGACACAGACCCGGACAAGAGCCAGUCACAGCCUCUGGCAGAGCUUCCGAGCUGAAAGGGAACCAGCUCCCAGUGGAUGCAGACAAUGCUCUAAGGAGAUGCCAGUUUCCCAAACACGGGAACACCGAGCCAACAGCCCAGUGACCCCUGACACCCCGACACCCCCGACCAGAAGAUGCAGGAAAGCCAAGUGGCCAUUUAGCCCCCUGCUGCCUUUUAGCAGCAGGAACCUUGGGAGGUCAAUUAAACAAAACAAAAAAAAAACUGAGGGUCAGGCUACAUGCUUGAGAGAGAACACGGACUAUGUUAAGAUACUUCCUGUUCUCUGAGAUGAUGAUAACGACGGCCGGUCACUCAGUGACGAUAAAGGCUCUGCUGAUAAGAGAUUAUUUCUGCAGUUGCUGACCUGGGGAGCCUCCAUUUAAAGAGAGAAGGAGAGAGCGUGUUCGUGGGGAGGACCAGACUCAGGCUCUUUGUCAUACCUGCCCCCCAAAUCCUACAUCUAGAAGGGAAUUGGGGGCCUCCCCCCACCCAGGAACCUGCUACCAAGGCGUCCAGGACUGCCCACCCACCACGUACCCCGGGUGGGCAGGACAGCGGCUUCAAGGAGCCCCAGAUUUGGACAGUCGGGCAAGAACGAUUCAGAAAGUUGACGGACCGGUUUAGGUCCAGCUUCAGAUCUGCAGCAUGGUGGUCCUGCUGGAUUUCGUAAUCCUCCUGGUACUCCUGAACUCAGCACGCUCCAAGGUCCUGGGACAGAAGGAAUCUCCUAUUGUAAACCUGAGUCUGGAUUCAAGGAAGAAAAUCCUCAGCUGGAAUUCCCGGAGAAUCGUGACUCAGCAAACAUGUACGAUAGUCACGCCUCUUGACCCCGACACCAGCCAAGAGCCGCAGGUCAGAAACGACACCUACUUUUGCACGUUUCCCAACGCCGUCCUGCACAGGGGCGCCACGCUGACCGUGAACGCCACCUCUGACGGCCAGGACUUCUCGCACCAGCUGGCCUUUAGCAACCCAGGCAAGGAGGGCUCCGGAGCCCAGAACCUCUCCUGCGUCAUCUACAACAUCCGACUCAUGAACUGCAGCUGGACGCGGGGCCCGGCCGCCCCUGCAGACGUGCGGUAUCAGCUGUACUCCUGGACUUCUCUGCAUGGAAACGUGUCUGAGUGCACCCACUACAUCCUUGACUCGGCCGGGACGCGCGUGGGCUGCCAUUUCGACGAGCUUGGCGAAGGCCACACCACGGACGAUUACUUCUUCCUGGUGAACGGAACCAGCAGCGACACAGACAUCCAGUUUUUGGAUUCUCCUAGCGUGAACGGCCCUAGCCUGGAAAAGUAUAACCCGCCUGCGAACCUCACCGUCCGGGACAACGUAUCGCAUUACGUGAUUCGCUGGGAUGCCCCCGCCAUGAGGUACAGCCUGUCCAAUAGCGUCUUGCGCUAUGCCCUGGACAUCCAGAAGAUGGGCAGCUUUUCUAAGAGAGAACCCGUUUUUCUAAGCAGACAAUAUAAAAACAAGUACAGACUGCCCCGCUCUGACGUGACAGGAGAGCACACCGUCCGCAUGAGGGUGCAACAUGUGCGAUUUCAAAUCUGGAGUGAGUGGAGCUCCAUGCACCGUUUUGGUGUCCCAGAGGAGAAUUUCCUGGUGGUCUCAAUCGGGCUGGUGGUGGGGGCCACGGUUUUGUUUGGCAUGGCCCUGAUGUUCCUCUGUAAAAGGUUCUCCCUGAAGAAGAAGCUCUUUCCGCCCAUCCCGCGGGUGAAGCAGGAACUCGCCGGCGCGUUCCUGGCCAGCCUGGAGGAGACAGCCUCGUGUGGAGGCCACCCGCCAUCAGCCUCCCAGGACCCCGAGGACAUCUUCACCGUGGAGGAAACCCUGUCGCUGGCGAGUGCACCAGCAAAGAUGGGAGGUCCAGCCCCAGCCCCCAACCCUUACGAAAACAUCCCUUCUGGGGGUCCUCUGCUCAACCACUAAGAGGACUCUGAUUUGACUUGCCCGCCGCCUGCCACCCGAUCCCACUGCCUCAGCCUCUGCUACACCAUCCCCCACUUCCCCGCCCACUGGCCAUCGCUGCACACACCUUUCCCAGUUGCAGGAAGGACCAGCCACCCACCCGUCGCCCAGAUGUGCCCUGUAGGUGGGUGAGGAUAUUGGCAGAGUCCGGCUCACACUCUGGUCCAGGUCGUCCCUGUGAAGAUGAGCACCAAACUUGCCCGUAACAGCACAGACUUGGAGACAAAGAAAUAAGGGGGUGUCCGGUCUCCAUGGGUUCAGGAAGAUCCCCUGGAGGAGGGCAUGGCAACCCACUCCAGGAUUCUUGCCUGGAGAAUCCCAUGGAUGGAUGGACUAUAAAGAAAGCUGAGCACCGAAGAAUUGAUGCUUUUGAACCAUG